AUGGGAACUCAAGCAACAGGAACUCAAGCAGCAGAACCUCAGGUAACGGGAAUUCAAGCAAUGGGAACUCAAUCAACAGGGACUCAAGCAACAGAAACUCGAGCAAUGGGAACUCAAGCAACAGGAACUCAAGCAGCAGAAGCUCAAGUAACGAUAUUUCAAGCAAUGGGAACUCAAUCAAUGGGGACUCAAGCAACAGAAACUCGAGCAAUGGCAACUCAAGCAACUGGAACUCAAGCAGCAGAAGCUCAAGUAACGGGAAUUCAAGCAAUGGGAACUCAAUCAACAGGGACUCAAGCAACAGAAACUCAAGCAAUGAUAACUCAAGCAAUGUUAACUCAAGCAAUGGGAACUCGAGCAACAGAAACUCAAGCAACAGAAGCUCAAGUAACGGGAAUUCAAGCAAUUGGAACUCAAUCAACAGGGACUCAAGCAACAGAAACUCGAGCAAUGGGAACUCAAGCAACAGGAACUCAAGCAGCAGAAGCUCAAGUAACGGGAAUUCAAGCAAUGGGAAUUCAAUCAACAGGGACUCAAGCAACAGAAACUCGAGCAAUGGGAACUCAAGCUACAGGAACUCAAGCAGCAGAAGCUCAAGCAACGGGAAUUCAAGCAAUGGGAACUCAAUCAACAGGGACUCAAGCAACAGAAACUCGAGCAAUGGGAACUCAAGCAACACGAACUCAAGCAGCAGAAGCUCAAGUAAUGGGAAUUCAAGCAAUGGGAACUCAAUCAACAGGGACUCAAGCAACAGAAACUCGAGCAAUGGGAACUCAAGCAACAGGAACUCAAGCAGCAGAAGCUCAAGUAACGAGAAUUCAAGCAAUGGGAACUCAAUCAACAGGGACUCAAGCAACAGAAACUCGAGCAAUGGGAACGCAAGCAACAGGAACUCAAGCAGCAGAAGCUAAAGUAACGGGAAUUCAAGCAAUGGGAACUCAAUCAACAGAAACUCAAGCAACAGAAACUCGAGCAAUGGGAACUCAAGCAACAGGAAGUCAAGCAGCAGAAGCUCAAGUAACGGGAAUUCAAGCAAUGGGAACUCAAUCAACAGGGUCUCAAGCAACAGAAACUCGAGCAAUGGGAACUCAAGCAACAGACACUCAAGCAACAGAAACUCAGGCAAUGUUAACUCAAGCAAUGUUAACUCAAGCAAUGGGAACUCGAGCAACCGAAACUCAAGCAACAGAAGCUCAGGUAACGGGAAUUCAAGCAAUGGGAACUGAAUCAACAGGGACUCAAGCAACAGAAACUCGAGCAAUGGGAACUCAAGCAACACGAACUCGAGCAGCAGAAGUUCAAGUAACGGGAAUUCAAGCAAUGGGAACUCAAUCAACAGGGACUCAAGCAACAGAAACUCGAGCAAUGGGAACUCAAGCAACAGAAACUCAAGCAGCAGAAGCGCAAGUAACGGGAAUUUAA